UAAGACAAUCCAAUAGCAGCAAUGGUUCAUAAAACUUUGAGAGUCACGGCUCGUUCAUGUAUGGAAAAAAUUAAUGCUACGGAAUCUGAUCUGAUGGAUCUUCGCAAGGAUCCACCAUUCCCGCAUAAGGCUGCAUGUAUCGUCACCUGUUUAUUGGAAAAAAUAGGUAUCGUAAAGGACAAGAAAUUCUCAAAAUCUGGUUUCAUGGUCAUCAUCACUCCGCUCGUCCUUCAAAAUAAGAAGAAACUGGAUCACAUGAAGACUGUCUCCGAGAAUUGUGACAAAGAGAUAAAAGCCGAUGACGAUUCUUGUAAACUUGGUAAUGAAAUACCCCAUUGCAUUUUUAAGUACGCCCCCGAACUACAUUUCAAGAGUUAA